AUGAAGGCAGAAUUACAAAUGAAAUCCGUAGCAAUGGUCCAACUUGUUGAAAUUCCGUCGCCGUCCGAUGGAGAACCUAUCAAGUUACCGGAAAAUUUGGAAAGCCUACCACGAGCGGAGCAUUUUGCUGCGCAGAGGCAUCGAUGGAACACUAACGAGGAAAUUGCGGCCAUACUGAUCAGCUUCGAUAAACAUGGAGAUUGGCAGUCCAAGGAAGUCAAAAUACGACCGAAAAGUGGGUCUAUGCUUCUGUACAGCAGAAAAAAAGUCCGUUACCGACGUGAUGGAUACUGUUGGAAGAAGCGGAAAGACGGAAAGACCACCCGAGAAGACCAUAUGAAGCUUAAAGUGCAAGGAACUGAGUGCAUCUACGGUUGUUAUGUGCACUCGGCAAUACUACCGACAUUCCAUCGGAGAUGUUACUGGCUUUUGCAGAAUCCCGACAUAGUACUGGUCCACUAUCUCAACGUGCCGUACCCAGAUGACAACAAGUUGGCUACCGUAGCCCCGAGCCUCGCGCUCUGGGCUGAUAAAAAGGAAUGGACUAAAGAUGAACUCGUCAGUCAAUUGAAGCCAAUGUUCUUCAGCGAAGAUGAACCGGACGUUAAUAGUGACUUGGAAAUAUCUGGAAAAAUGUUUCAGACGACGGAAACGGUGGAAGCUAUUGUUGGUCAGUUGAUGGAGAAGCAAAGAGCAGCGAGAGCGGCCGCUUUGGCUCGCCAACUUGAAUGCGGCUGCCCAGACUCCACCUGCCAAGAUUCAAGGACAUGUGCUCAUCCAAUGCGGCGUAUUCAAACAGCAAAGGCACCGGCUUCUGACCACCAUGUAUCUUCAACUACUGGCCCAUCACCAAGACCGAUGGCGCAACCACCACGACAGUAUACUAGAGACCACAGAGCUACGACACAAUCCUCACCAUUACUGCUAUCACUGGGUCAGAUACAAGGCGGUGGAGGACUUCUCAUAUUAAAUGGCACCAGCAAUAGUUCUCAACAGCAUUCAUCUCUAGUAUCACCUCUGUCAGUUACAUCAUUUGUAUGUGAGGAACCUAGAGACAGGUAUCGUCAGCAGUACAAACCGACAUUCGUACUGAAAAGGGAAAUACCGGACAGUCAACAAAACACAUGUUUGACUAACACCGAAUCAACGUUUGAAGUGGAGAGUCGUGUUGAAGAAAAAGUUGAAAUUGAAACUUUUGAUCGAAAAAUAAAGAUGGAACCUAGAAGUAGGAAUAAUAUAAUAGCUAGUGCACCAGCGACGCCGUCGCGUUAUCCAGACUUGGUGGAACGGUUGGAAAGUAAAAUUCAUACAGACCAUUGUGAAGAUACGUUGGUUUUGCUUGGGACUGAUGCACAUUUGGAAUCAUCUAGUGGGUUUUUCGAUGAAACGUUGGAGCUAUCUCACGAGGAUAUACAGAAGACAUUGUCAGCGAAUAUGCCAACAUGUGAAUUGAAUCGAAGUGGAGUGAGGUCAACUGAAACCGCUAAUGUGAUGGUAUCGGGAAUAGAUACGAUGGACUUUAUAGAGAGUUGUGAAGCUGUCGCUUCCCCUACGCAUGUGGUUGAUGAUAAUGUGUUUGUAAAUUUAGAUGCUUUUGAUAUGCUUGGUGACUUUCCGGAAUUAGAGGUAUUGGAUCCGAGCACUAUAUCUACUAAUCCCGGGAAUCUUUGCGGAAAUUCUCCUCAAACGGAGGAAAAUAACGAUAAAAUGCAGACGGAUAGUCCAAGGGAAGGUGCACUUAGCAUCACUGACUAUUCUCCUGAAUGGGCGUAUCCUGAAGGUGGUGUCAAGGUGCUGGUAGCUGGGCCUUGGACGGAAACCUCGGAUCAGUAUACCAUCCUUUUUGAUAACUUUCCCGUACCUUCAAUAUUGGUGCAGAAUGGUCUACUAAGAUGUUAUUGUCCAGCCCACGAAGCCGGUUUGGCAGCAUUGCAAGUGGCUCGAGCUGGUCGCGUAGUAUCUGACACGGUGGUGUUUGAAUAUAAGGCAGGUCCAAUGUUGGCGCCGUCUUCACCCGCUUCAGCGCCGCUGCCUUCUUUGGAUCUUAGACGAUUCUCGUUGUUGCAGCGUCUGCAGCGGCUGCACGGGCGUUUGCAACUGAAGACGGAACCAAUGGAUGAUAAUAACCAGAUUGAAGAUGUGCAGUUAUAUUCAAAUCCAAAAUUUGAGGAUCGUCUCGUGGUUUUUUGCCAAUUUUUGAGUAACCGGUCGUUUGGAAACUCCGAAGGGUUCACUACGGAGCCCGGUGAAGACAGUUCCACAAUAUUACAUCUAGCAGCAGCUCUGGGUUAUACGAAGCUGACUACGGCUUUGUUGAGGUGGAGGCAGGACGAUAAUAGCUUAGCCUUGGAGAAGGAAGUUAAUUUGGGAGCUAGAGAUAGCGACAAUUGUACCCCCUUGAUGGUAGCAAGCGCGCUCGGUCAUUCAGACACGGCGUUAGUGUUGGCUCGUUGGGCUGCGGGGACGCGGCGGGAGGCCGGGGCCAGGGCUGCGGCUGCUGCAGCACGACGCGGAGGGCAUAGCACCCUCGCAGCUGCCUUGGAGAGAAUACAGGGGGACUGCGUGUUCAGACGACCGCUAAGUUUAUCACAAAAGAAUAGAGCCGGCAGUUUGGAGAGUAAUUUAGUGAAACGGCCCUCCAUAGACAGCGGUAUCAACAUGGCUGAUGCCUUCAGAUCCAGUUCAGCUAUAGACAAAACUGACACUAAUUCCUCCAGGUGGGAACGAAGUAUGUCGCUUCCACUGGACUCUGACACCGAGGACAGCUUCGGUGACAUGAAACUCGGUCGCAGGAUGGACCUAGCUCUAUGCGUUGUACCAGGCGAGACGGCCCGCGCCAGCCCGACGGAAGGGCAGACAUCGCACUCAGGGGAGCAGGAUGACCGCGUCUUCACGUUGGCUGAGCAGAUUAUAGCCGCUAUGCCGGAGAGAAUUAAGAACGAGGGUAUUCUUUCGUGUGACCUGGACAGCGGCGCCGGCAGCGAGGAUGUGCUGAUGGUGCCGUUGUUGGAUGACACUUCAACCUUCAGCAGCGAGUUCAGUUUUGAGUUUUGUGAUAAUACAUACAGAUACACUGGAGCAUCUACUCCAUCAUCAGGCUCGGUGUCUCCAGGCUCCGCGUUGUCACCGCCGCCCUCCUCACCCCUCGCCCCCGCCUCUGCCACUCUACAAGAGUUCCUCAACACGACUCACUUUUCCAGCCUAACUCUCAACGACCGGGAGCAACGUGAGUUAUACUCGGCAGCGAUCACAAUCCAGAAGGCUUAUCGUCAGUAUCGAGGCAGACAGUUACAGCGCCGGGCUGCGGCCGCUGCUAUCACUAUACAGAACUGCUACCGACGGUACAAACAGUUCGCGUACUUGAAGCAAAUGCAUGCAGCGGCGACUGUUAUUCAACGAGGAUACCGCGGGUUGAGAGAACGGAGACUCAAUAACACCAACUACGUCAAGCGAACAUACUCCCAGAGGAGACAACACCAAGCAGCGAGGAAAAUCCAACAGUUCAUGAGGCAAACCAAGAUCAAGUUGCAGAAAGAGCGAGCCGCAAACGCGAAGGCGGCCCUGCGCUCCCCGGAUGCCCACCAAAGCUCGUCGCAGCCCAUCACCAAUACACACACGCCCAAUAGGAUCAUUGACUAUCUAGCACCUGAAUCACCGAUGAACGCAGAUGAUGACCUUCUGAUCGAGCUUCUGUUUAAAAUGUGA